CGGCCGAAACUUUUCUCUCUCUUUCUCUCUAUCUCUUUUUGUCUCUCUCUUUCUCGGUGGUUUUGCGAAAAUUACAUUUUCAACCCGAAUUUUCUAUUGUACCCGAUCUUCAUCAUAUAAUAUGAAGUGACCAACAGUGAUCCGACGAAACUAUAGAUUAAUCUCUAAUUAAUCAAUUAAAUUGGAGCAAAACGGGGAGGUUCGACCUAAUAAUAAGCUAAAUAUUCGAGCUUCGUGAGCGUACUAAUCUUCUAAGUAGUAAAAGCCAGUGACGGAAAGACCGAUCCUAAGAUCAGUGAAUUAGUGCGCUCGAAAGAUAUUAAGCCUCUUCAAUUGGAAUUUCUGUCGUUUCGUUAACUACACAUUGCGAGGCCUACGCUCAGACAAAAGAACCGCGGCCUUUUAACUCGCAAUCGUGUAUGACGCGAAUCACUGAUAAGCAGUUGUAUGAAACAGUAGCCUGUAGAGUGUAGCUGGUGCUUCAUUCUAAUUCUCUGUGUGAGUUGAAAAAGUUUUCCUAGUGUUAGUGCCGAUGACAGUGGAGGUGAUUAUAUGUUAUAUCCAGACGAUAUAGUUGUGUUGUGUCCCUGACGGCUACGUUUCCGAGGAUUAUUAAAUACUUUGCGACUCGAGCAGCGGUACCGGAUUUUCAAGUACUUCACGCUCAAUUAAUUCCCAGAUAGGGCACGCUUCGCCACCACCUCCGGCACCGGCACCGGUUUCGAUAACACCUUCUGCAGCUAUCUCCACCUCCUGUGGUCAGUCUCGGCAGGAUUCCCCACCUCGGGGUCCCCGCACUUUACUUUUGCGACGCAGUGAAAAUGGCUUCGGAUUUACCCUCCGCCACUUCAUCGUCUAUCCACCGGAGUCCUGUUACAUGUUGCCAGGGCAUGAGAGGACGAAGAUUGAUGAGCCGAUGGACACGAUCUUCGUGAAACAGGUACGAUCAAAUUCACCAGCAGCAGAAGCAGGGCUUCGAACUGGUGACAGAUUGGUAGCUGUCGACGGGGCUGCAACUCGAGGAGAACAAUACGCAAGUGUCGUUCAACGAAUUCAACAAGCAGGUCCUUGGCUGCGUCUCCUCGUUGUCUCCAAGGAAGACGAUAUCUUGCAAAGGUAUUUUGGGGAAACUGCUCACAAUCCUGAGACGAAUCAGAGGCCACGACUGCGAUCGCCAGAGCGGCUCACGCAGAAACAGAAAAGAGCGAUCGGCAUGAUUCCUGCGAAUACUGCUCGAGCGAGGCAGUCCUGGAUCUGCUCUCCUCCUGGCUCUGAAAAUCAGGGUACCGUCUCUCACUAUGGCCUUCGCAAUGAUUCCCUUUCCGCCUCGGAUGAUCAAACACUCGCCAAUGAAUCCUCCGCAUCGGCGCCGGCUCUUCUGCAGAGAAAACCACACGAUGAUAGAACGCAGAGGAGAACCUCACCGCCCUCUAUCAACCAAAAGGAAGCUCUGGAUCCGUCGUUACGAUCCAACAGAACCUCUCACGAGACUCAAAGGUAUGAUCUCUACGACAGAACGCGUCCGGAAUCGAUCUACUCUCGAACCGGGAGCGAUCGGAUCUACGACAAAAUUAAGGACCCGAUCUACGAGAGAGUGAAGCCUGAUUCUUCAACCUUCACCGAGUCCUUGGAUCGGCAUCGAUUCCCCGUUUCGCGUGCAGAGCCUCAAGUUCCCAUCUACCGUCCAGGAAGAAGAGUUGUGACUCGUCGCGCAAGUGAAGGAAGUGGACCUAUCAGUGAAUCCGAAAUGGCAAUGUUCGGAAGUGCGAAUACAUUCGAUUCUCGGUUCAGUGUUGACUCGCGAAGAGACUCGUCGCCCGCGAGUAAAGACAGCAGUCUCUCCUCGUUUGACUCGAACUCGACCCUCACCGGUCACGAGGGCUUGGACAAUUCUCACAUCAUGAACAGAUUGAAAAAGAGCUUCGAGCAAAAGGAGGAAUUCCUGCGGAGACCGAGUCAGCCGAUCGGUUGGCUCUCAAACGAGAAUCCGCCACCGAUUAUUCCACUUCAAACCCAGAGUGUCAUUCAGAGGGAAUUUUAUGCUAGGCCGCAAAAGCUCCAGAGACAAGUUUGGCCUCCCAGCGAAUUUCAGCAGCAGCAGCAGCAGUUUGUUCAACAGCAACAAAAGUUGCAACAGCAGCAGCAAUUGCAACAGCAGAUGCAGCAUCAGCAGAUGCAACAGCAAUUGCCAAGACAGCGUGCCUUGGCUUAUCCAGAUGAGAGACUCAAAGCCCUGAAACCUUCCAAUCAGAAUCUGCAGAGGGUCCAAAACUCGACAGAUUCCGAUCUAGAGUAUUCUAAUGCUAACUCGAAUUCCAAUUCCAAUUCUCAACGUAGAAAUGAGCAGAUCGAGAGCAAUCGGGACACAAGAGAUCGCUUUUACGCGACUCCUUACGAUAACAACGGAUCGGCUAAGGAGAAUCAUAUUUCGAAGAAUGGCGAGCAGAUGAGAAUGAGCUCUAACACGUCCUCGAGUAGGAACAAUGCGGCAAAUAAAACUGCUUUUAUUACCACCUUGUCGAGAAUUCACGAGAAUGUGACGAGUGCAGCUCAGCAGGGACAGGAAGCGAGAAAUGGAUCCUCGUCACUUCCGUCGUCUCCGGGACUUGAUAAAAAGGGAAAUGACAAAUUCCCCGUUCCUCCUCAAGGAUUGCAAAUUGUUUCCAGAAGGGCGAAGCAGUUCGAGUCGGGGAAACUGAUGAGCGAUGAUGAUGAGCCGACGAGCGACAGAACGAAUCUUUAUAAGAGUGAAUUGUCGAGGUUGUCGAAUAAAAGGAGUGUUCCGAAUGUUGCGGUCAGGAAAAGGGAGUUUGAGUCGAAGGCUGAGUCUCAGGAUCCGAGGAGAUUGGCUAUCGGGAGAGAGAGCAAAUCACUUGAUGGAGGUAGUGGAUUAUCCGGGAACAGAUCAAUACCCAUAGGCAGCAAGUACAUCCAUUGUGAACCGCCGUCUGGGUAUAGGAAACACACAGAACCACCCACGGAAAUGGAACCUGUACGAUUAAGAGCUCGAAGCAACAGUGCCGAUUCAUGGGGAGCUGCGACCGAUCCAAGCGGAAGAAGUGCCAGACACACCUGGCAGACCGAAUCAGAAGAAAAUUUGGAAGAAAAGCCCAACAAACCGAAAAGACAGGACAGUUAUUUGCAGGCAGUUCGAUCUCAAAACGAAAUAGACCGCCAGAAAGCAGCUUCUGAGAUGAAGUUUCCAGAGCCCAGUAGGGCGAAGUUUCCUUUCUCACCAAUCUCGAUUCCAGGCGUCAUUCCCAAUUUCGAAAUUCCUCGAUCGACCCCGACAGUUACGAUAAGUCCACCCACACCAGUCAGACCAAACCAGCUGACAAUUCUUAAUCCCCUUCGACCCCUCGAAAAUCCUGAUGAUUUUUUCAAUGGUCACUACUAUCCAUCUGAAUCCAUGGAGCCUGAUUUGGAUAAUUCCGAGUUCAUGAGAAUUUUAGGUUCGAACGAAGACGCCGAUAGCAAUGGGGUGGUUUUGAGGCGGCAGAAGAACGCUCAGAUCAGUGAUGAAGAUAGGGCGACGAGACGGGUUUCCUACUUGAAAGCUACUUGGGGCGAGCGAAUGCACAUCGACAGUGACUUAGAAUUGAGUGACACCGAGCCAGUUCAGUCGCUCAGAAGUUCUCAUAAGCGAUGGCGACCACCGUUAUUUCCGAGCGACAUUGCGCCACUUCGACGCCUCUUCGAGGAAAUGACACAAGGCGCAUACUUGCAUUCGCAAAGGCAUUCGCAUCGGAAUAGCAUCCUGAGCUCGGUCGGCUCCAAUAGCGGCAGUGGAACACCCAGAGACGCAGAACCUAUCGAACGGGAAGGAUCUCUUCACGUCAAGUUUACUGUGCUCGAUGGCAAACGAUCCAGCGAUCGUUCCUGGAAGCAAGUUUGGGGCGUUCUUCGCGGUCAGAUUCUUUACUUCUACAAGGAUCGUCACAGUCAAAGUCCAUCGACAAAUGGCGAAGGCGACACUGCAUCCAGUGUCGAUACGCGAUGUGCCUCAGUGGACAUCGCCGAAGAUUACACGAAGCGAAAACACGUGCUUCGUAUAACGAAUUCCGUGACGGAAGUACUUUUGCAAACCGAGGAUGCAGCUUCUAUGGUUCUUUGGUUAAGAGCAUUCAAAGUCUUCAAUACCGAAAAGCCCUCUUCCCAGGACGCAGUUACGAAUUUAUCGAAACAACAGGCUGUUCCUCAAACACCUGGACCAACAUCAAAUGCUCUUCAAAGUGGAGGACAACGCUUGAGUCCAUUGCCAAGUCACAAAGGCAUCAGGAAGCUAACAUCGUUUAGAAAUCGUUCACCUACUGGUCAAUCGCCCGUCAGCAAGACUCGAAAACCUAGUCAGACUGUCGAUUUGCCAUCUCCGAAAUCGAAAACCUGGAAGGGAAGGAUGGCGAAACAGUUUAGAAGAAUGCAUGGUCAAGCUGGCUCACCAUCCUCACCAACAGCCCAACUUCCACCUGAGGGAGCGACUUUCAAAGUCCCUCUCGAACUUUGUCCACAGUCUUCAUUCUCGGAAUUUGUGCCUCUGCUCGUCGAAAUGUGUACGAGUAUCGUGGAAGCUAGAGGUCUCGAGGUGAUCGGGAUCUACAGAGUGCCUGGAAAUACGGCAGCAAUUUCGCAGCUGACAGAGAGCGUGAACAAGGGUUUCGAGAACAUCAAUCUUCAGGAUCCGAGAUGGAGCGACGUGAACGUGAUAUCGUCGUUGCUCAAGUCCUUCUUCCGUCAGCUUCCUGAUUCUCUCCUAACUGCUGAACUCUAUCCAAUGUUCAUCGAUGCCGAUAAGGUCGAAGAUCCGCAGAGAAGAAUGGCCACUAUUCGUAAACUCUUGAGAGACUUGCCUGAACAUCAUUUCGAAACUCUCAAGUACCUCAUGUUCCACUUGAAAAAGGUUGUUGAACACAGUGAGGCGAAUAAAAUGGAGGCCAAGAACUUGGCUAUCGUUUUCGGACCGACAUUGGUGCGAGCCAGCGGUUCGAGAGACAAUAUGGUCACUAUGGUUACUGACAUGUCACAUCAAUGCAGAAUCGUGGAAAGCUUGUUAAACAAUGUCGAUUGGUUCUUCUCAGAAGAGGAUUUGGACGAUUUGAGCAGGCUGUCAGUAAACCUUAGUUUGCCAGCUGAUGGAAAUGAAACGGAUACAGCGAACCAUAAUCUCUUGCUCAACAACAUUCAAAAAGUCGAAGGCAUGCGUGAAAUGAUCACAGCUAGGGACAUUGUAUCCUCAAUCAUAUCCGCAGCUAAUAGGAAGAUUCAGAGGAGAAGGAAAGGACACGACGAACCCGACAACGAUGACCACGAGGAUGAAAAGUUAAAAGGGAAACACGAGGAGAAUUUACCAGUAGUUCGCCAGAGCAUGGCUCUAAACGAGAGACAAUGUUCUGUCAGUGAAAUUGUUCUGAUGCACGAAAAUAAAGGUCAACCAAGCCGUUCGGUAGGUAACGGAAAUGGCAAUAAUCCACCAAACAAUGCGUGCAAUCCUCGACCAAAAUACUCGAAAAAUCCGUCGGGGGAACAGCAACGAGAGCAACAACAGCAGGAGCAACAAACUUCUCUCCCGCCUUCCGAACCCUCAAAGAAGUCGAAUGAUGGCCCUGGGAGUUUAGAUUCUGUUUCUACAAUAUCGAAUCUUUCCAAUGACACGAAGCAGAGUAACGACGAAGUUGCGAUCAGAACCUAUGCAGGAUUGAGUGCCACAACUCAAGAGAGGAUCAGAAGGUUCGAGCAAGAAACGAUGACGAUGCUGCAGAGGGAUCAGCAUCGACAAAGACGCGAGGCUGAAAGGCGCGAGGAGGAAAGGAAAAGAAUUGAGAAAGAGUGGCAGCUCGCAAAAUCCGAAAUGGAGAAUGACGAUAUUCUAGAUAGCAUUGUUGAUACGACCGUCGCUCCCAACUUUCUAUCCGAAAGAUUGUCUAGUUUAAACGAGAGGCUCAGUGACAGAUCUUCUCUGGAUUUGUCGGAUUGUCAUGUGAGGUCAAAAUCUAGCACGAGAGCUAUGCCACUGUCAAUUGCCGUGCAACAGCAACCAACUGCGAGACAAAAGGCUCAAGCCAGCACGCAACUGAGCAACAUCUUGGGCGAGAAAAUGAACAACGGCGUCAUCAAGAAGUUCAAAACCGAUAAAGAGCAGUCACCGGAUUCUAAUCUCUUGGCACCGACUCGCUAUGGCAGUUUAGACUCGCUGCACGAGAUUCACGGCUAUCCCUCGUCAUCGCCUUCCCAACAACAUCGAGGACUUCCGGGGGAUAUUUCAGACGAUGGUAGCGAUCUAUUGACCAGCCUCACAUCAACCUUCGAUCGCAAAUGGAAGUCUCUGGUGAACCCGACGAGUCAACCUCCCUCGUUCAUCGAAACCUCGAGUGUCACGAACGUCCCCGCCGAAGUCAAAGAAGAAAAACCUGCUGAGCGAACUCAAGCUAGAUUCACAACUGAAGUUUACAGAGAUCCGAGUCUACACAGGUCGACUGCUGACAAGGCGAAAUCUCUUAAUCAGAAAAAUCACGUCCCGGAAAAAGAUUCAGAUUCCGGAAUAGUGGAUACGACCGAGUCCAGUGUCGCCGACUUGCCAGACAACGAUCGUCACGUCUCGAGCAAAAAAUCACAAAAAGACGAAGCCACCUCAAGUACAUUUCUGGACGCAAGUGAAAAAGACGAAACCGUAAAGCUCGAGCAAUCUUCCCACACAAAAAAGCGAUCUGAUUCCUCGCCCGACUUUCAAGACACCCCAUCAUCCACAAGCUCUCCUUCUCACCGCGACCCCGUUGACAAUACCCCAUCCAAAACCGACGACUCUUCCCAAAAAAACGAUUCCGUCGAUCCCUCCUAUUCCAACAAGCUGAAAAAAUUUGAGAGCAUGAGUCAAGCCACCUCGGAACCCAGAUCUCGCUUAAAAAGAUCCGAGUCGCUAAACAAGCGUACCGAGAACGUGACAUCGAAGCUGAAAAGAUCGGAAAGUUUAAACAAACACUCCUCAGAUCGACCUCUCACUUCUCCAAGCAACGGGAAGCUAAAACGUUCCGAAAGCCUGAACAAGCACUCGGAUCGGUCCGAGUCCCCAAACAGUAAACUCAAGCGAUCCGAGUCUCUCACGAAAACCGAGAAAACGGAAUCGAACAUCAGCAAAAGGCGGCAAUCGGUCAGGAAGGAAAGUGCGACCAAACUGAAGAGGAAGAACGGAAUGCCUGAGCGUUCGAUUAAAAGGAGACAUACCGUUGGCGGGACCAAGGACUUUGACAAAGUGCACUGGCUUGAUAAUAAGCUCCAAGCCGAGGCCGAGAAGAUUAUUAAGAAUGACAAGCCAACGAAGAAGAGCCAGCUACGCACCAGUUCACCAGAUCUCAGCAGCAAUCGAUACAAUCUUGCUGAUACCAGUUUUCUCAUUGAAGUCAGCUUUCGCGGACCCAGCAACGUCGUCUUCAACGUCACGAAUGCCCGUCCUCAGUCCCUCCCCGAUGGGACCCUCACAUCGAAAGUUUACAAAGUGCCCCUAGAAAGUCACGUUUAGUCUAAGAGAGGAUAAUCCUAGUUCAAAUAACGUUCAUAUCAAUUAGAGUUCUAACGAGGAGAUAACAGAAUUUCGGGAAUGCGAGCAAUUUACGAUUAAAUAUAAUCAGAAUUUUUUAUUUUGAUUUAUAUGAUUGGUGAGAAUAGAAGAUUUCUAUUUAGCCAAGACCCAAUAUAUAUUUGAAUAUGUCCAAGUUUGAGUUGAUACAAACUUGAGUGAAUAUUUUCAAAAGUAACAUAAUUUUCCUUGAAAUAUCGAGUUAAAUCCCCGAUUUUAAAUUCUCCGGAAUCUUGGAACUCUUAUAUCAAUGCUCUUUCCUAAAUUCACGAGCCAAAAUGAUGGGCCAAUUUGCGGCAUAGACAUUUUACUUAGCGCCAAAAUAGGUAGAUUCGAUGAAGAAUUUUCAGUAUUGGAAAGAUUAAUCUUUUUCUUCUGUUUUUAUUUGUCCCGCGUUCGACGUUUUCGUUGGCUGAUAAAUAUCCUUGGAGGAAAGUAACGAUUAUGAAAGUUUAGGAUCAGUUAAGAUUGGAAGGCGGAAUUUUAUCUUACAAUAUCUACACAUUGUCAAUUAUCUACAAAUUGUGAAUUGUGAUCGUGCAAUUUUGUUUUGUUUUUGUAUAUACGCUUUCAUAUUACGAGGAGUUUGCGAAUAUUUGAGAAUAUUUGAGAGGGGUAUGGUAGGGUUGACGACUUUAGAAUCGUUUCUCGGCUGCAUUAACGAUUCUUCUAAAGAAAUCGUAAAGGUGAAAAACUCUGAUAUUCGCCGAUAAGAAAACUUCGAUACGUGAUAUCUCUCUAAGUUUGGAUUUAUAUUUUACUAUGGUUAUGAUAAUCAUUUUACGAUUGCGAGAAAUUCGCCUUAGUUGGUAAGUUAUUGAAUUUAUUCUGUACUAUUCUGAUCGGUACUUCUUUUCGAGACUAGCUACUGCGAUUCGUUUGUAAAAAGUACGUAGGACCUGGCUUGGAAUCUCAUCCGGAAAUAUGUUCCUUAAUUUCGAGAAAGGAAGAAAGAAAAGAAAGAAAAGACGCUGUUGCUUUUGAAACGAAUCUAAAUUUCGUUGUUCGGCAUUGACAAUUAUUGAAUUAAUAAUCAGUAGAAGCGAAACGUGAGAGCUAUUAAUGUACAUAUUCGAGUAAGUGAGGAAGGACGAUUUAUCGAAGGAUUAUUAAAGAAAAGACAGUGUGUGACCGGUGAGAGUGAUUUCUCGUGGAAUAAAGCUUAAGGAAUUAGUUGCGUUUCCUUUUGUAAAUGAUAGAUAUUUUUUGAAUCGCUGAGCAGGGCUUUUAAUGAUUAAAGCUCGAUGUAUUCUUUUUUUUCUAUUUCUAUUAUCGUAGGGCAGCUUAUUAUUGCGAGAUUGCUUAAGAUUGUGCACGAGACUAUUAUGUAUGCAAGUUGAUCGAAUUGCCAAAUCAGUCAGCUGUUGUAAAAUGUCCUCUGUUCUGUCGAAAUGAAAAACGGCGUGAUAUGUACAUUGGAAACUCGACUUGGCCACGAUUAUUAAUUAUUAAUAACAAAUUGUAAAUAUAGGUGAUGAAUCUAUUGAAAUUGUCCUCCUGGGAACGAUAGUAAUAUGCUAUUUAUUUCUAAAUGAUAGUGAUUGUGAUUGUAUUAUUUAUAAUUAUGUAUUUAAGUCUGUUGUUUUCAAGUUUCGGUGAUGUUGGACAGAAAUUAUUAAAUUUGUACAUAAAUCGAUCAAUAAAUACACAUAAAUACAA